CCACAUAUUUGCACACGUUCCCUAAUGGGCUCCCAACCCUCUUUGCUCUGAUUGGCCGAGCUCUCAGCUUGGCGCGUAUGUCGAAGGAAGCGAGUUGCCUAGUGAAAAUAACUAGCUUCGAAAGCAGUGGUCUCUCCUGGAGUGGUCUUUAUUCCCUAAAAUCAAGACGUAUUUUCCAAAGAGAUGGACAGUGGUACAGGACGCUUUCCCUUCCCUUUCCAACCCUACCCGAUCCAGGAGCAGUUCAUGGAAGCCUUGUAUGCUACACUUGAGCAAGGCAAGGUCGGCAUAUUCGAGAGCCCUACAGGCACGGGCAAGUCUCUAAGUCUGAUCUGUGGAGCCCUGACGUGGCUUGGGGACCAUGAGACAAAGAAGAGAGAGGAAGCAGCCCGCCUUCUGAAAGAAGAAGAGAUGGAGGAAGAGAAGGCUGCAGGAGGAACGGCGAGCUCAGGGUCCGCAGAACCCGACUGGAUAACUGACUUUGUGCAGAAGAAAGCAGAGAGGGAUCAGGUGAACAAACUCAAGGAGGAUGAGCUGAGACGGAAGAGGAGGGAGGAGAGGCUGGAGAUGAUACGACACAACUCACAGCUCAAACACACUCUGAAGAGGAAGGUUUGUGUUCUGACUGAAGAGGAAGAUGAUGUCUCUAAGCUGCUGCAGAAGACCUCGCGAGACGCAGCAUCAGACACGGGAGAGGAUGAGACCCAGGACCCUGAGGAUGAGGGCCUUAUAGUGGCAGAAUAUGAGAGCGAUGAGGAAUCUGCUCCCAAAAACAGGUUGUGUGAUGAGGAUGAGCUGGAUGACCUGGAGGAAGAACAUGUCAUGAAGAUUUAUUACUGCAGCAGAACUCAUUCUCAGCUGGCCCAGUUUGUGCACGAGGUCCAGAAGAGCCCCUUUGGGCCCACGGUCAGCCUGGUCAACCUCGGCUCCAGACAGAAUCUGUGUAUCAACCCGGAGGUUCUGCGUUUGGGGAGCACUUCGCUGAUCAACGAGAGAUGCAUAGAGAUGAAGAAGAACAAACACGACAAGCCGGAGAAGCUGGCAGAGGGAGAGCGUAAGCGUCGUCGUGGCGUUGUCAAGGCGACGUGCCCGUUCUCAGGGGUCGAGAAGGUGAUGGCGAUGAGGGACGAGGUGUUGGUGGAAGUGCGUGACAUCGAGCAGCUGGUGACCCUGGGCCGCAAAACACACACCUGUCCGUACUACAGCACCCGCAAGGCCAUACCUGCUGCACAGCUGGUGGUGUUGCCCUACCAGACGCUGUUGCAUGCUGGGACACGACGGGCCUCCGGCAUCCAGCUGAAGGAUCAAGUGGUCAUCAUCGAUGAGGCACACAACCUCAGUGACACACUCACCUGCAUCCACAGUGCAGAGGUGACCGGGGCACAGCUCUGCAGAGCCCACUCCCAACUCACACAGUACUGUGACCGCUACAGGAGCCGCCUGAAAGCCAAGAACCUCAUGUACAUCAAACAGAUCUUAUUUGUACUGGAUGGGCUCAUACGCACACUUGGAGGGAAAGUAGGACAGAAUCCAAACAGUCAGAGCACUCAGUCAGGCACUGAACUGCUGACCAUCAAUGACUACCUUUUCAAAGCAAAGAUCGAUAACAUCAACCUGUUCAAGCUGCAGAGGUACUUUGAGAAGAGCAUGAUCAGCAGAAAGCUGAGUGGUUUUGCUGAGCGGUAUGAAGGUGCCGGUGUGACGCCACACACACACGCUAACAAGGAGAACCGUCGCACUGAAGGCCUUGGUCGGUUUCUUCAGACCCUACAGAACAAAGCCAACAACACAGUUCCCCUGGAAGACCAGAAGGGGGAAGAAGAGAGCAAGCCCAGUGUGAGCUCUCCCAUGAUGCUCGUGGAGAGCUUCCUAUCUGGGCUGACCAGCGCCAACAAGGAUGGGAGGGUGGUGAUACAGAGACAGGCAUGUGUAUCCCAGUCCUCUGUGCGUUUCCUGCUCUUGAAUGCAGCGCUGCACUUUGCUGAGGUGCUGAGAGACUGCAGAGCUGUCAUCAUCGCUGGAGGCACCAUGUCACCUGUGGCUGACUUUAAGGAACAGCUGCUUCUUUCGGCUGGAGUGACACACGAGCGAAUCACUGAGUUCUCCUGCGGGCAUGUCAUUCCUCCAGAGAAUAUUCUACCCAUAGUUCUGUGUGCAGGACCAUCGGGGCAGGAGCUGGAGUUCACCUUCCAGACCAGAGACACCCCUACGAUGAUGGAGGAGACUGGUCGUGUUCUCUCUAACCUCUGCAACGUGGUUCCGGGGGGCGUGGUCUGUUUCUUCCCCUCUUACGAGUAUGAGAGGAAGAUCCUGGAAUUCUGGGAAAGCUCUGGAGUCCUCCAGCGCCUGGCUGCCAAGAAGAAGAUCUUCCAGGAGCCAAAGAAAGCCAAUCAGCUGGAGCAGGUGCUGUCUGAGUACUCCAGGUGCAUACAGCGCUGCAGCACUUCUGCAUGUGGCCAGUCGGGGGCGCUGCUCUUCUCUGUGGUUGGAGGCAAGAUGAGCGAGGGGAUCAACUUCUCAGAUGACCUCGGCAGGUGUAUAGUGAUGGUAGGAAUGCCAUAUCCCAACAUUAAGUCCCCAGAGCUGCUGGAGAAGAUGGCUUACCUGGACAAGAACAUGCCACAUAUCGGUGGGCGGAGCCCUGGCAGGUCAUUGGUGGAGAACCUUUGCAUGAAAGCUGUCAAUCAGUCCAUAGGCAGGGCCAUCCGUCACCGUGGCGACUACGCCUGUGUGGUCCUGUUGGACCGGCGGUUCUCCCGGCCCGCCACCCUGCAGAAGAUCCCAGACUGGAUCAGAACAAGCAUGCACACACACACCAGCUUUGGACCGGCCUUCGCCAGUAUCAGAAAGUUCUUUCUGGAGAAGAGGCAGAAACAGCUGAACUGAGAGGAAGGAAUAAGAUAUCAGUGUGUGUGUGUGUGUGCGAGUGUGAGUGUGUGCGCGUGCGUGUUUGCAACAGAUUUGUUGUUCAUUUUCUCCUGUUUUCAUGUUGAGUUGAUCACUGUGUUUUAUUUACUGGAUGUUGGAAGAUAUUUGUUGUUUGAAGGGUUGUGAUCCAUCCCAUAAUAAGCCAGAUAUAAAUUCAUAUCUCAUCACUUAAGCCACACUGUGUGUGUGUGUGUGUGUGUGUGUGUGUGUGUGUGUGUGUGUGUGUGUGUGUGUGU